AAUCAAAACUCCUCAAACCAGAACAAAACAGAAUAGAAGAGAAGAAAGGAACGGGGAAGAGGGGAACGGAAGGAAGGGAAAUAGGCUUUAGGCAAGCAAGACUAAUCUAAUCACGACGACUACUACUACUACUACUAGGGCACGCACCGGCACCGCCCUUGCUCUUCCAUAUCUUCUCUUUCCUUCCUUUUUACUUCAGAAUUAGAGUUGAGAUUCUCCCUUGUGAUCCCCCUUGCCUUGCGUCGUAUACUCGUAAUCCAAUCCUCCCCGAUCUGUCAAUCCAAUUCGUCUCCGGUCCUUCUUCUCCUCUGCCCAUGGAGAGCAACGCCCCCAAGCGAGCACCCUCCAAGAUCAACACAGAUAAUAACCACCCCAGUCAUGAAGAUAACCCUAAUGCCUUGAACGGUGGCGGUGCUGCUACACUCCAAGAUGUUGCUGAACAUCAACAUGAAUAAGCACCAGCAGUAUCAGCAGCAGCACCACCACCACCACCUGAGGAUGAGGAGGAGGGGAACCCCCCUAAUCGGACUUCCUCCAGCAGAACUUCCUUCACUGGUUUGAGCCAAGUUGAUGCUGAUUGGGCCCUCGCCCGUACCCUCCAAGAACAGGAGCGGGCGUAUAUGAUGUUAAGAAUGAACAAUGAUGGCAAUGACUAUGGAAGUUGGGAAGGAGGGAGCUAUUUAGCUGAUGAAGAAGAUGAUUUCGACGACCCUAAUGAUGAAAGUGAACUGGACGCUGACGAUGGGGAGCCAUACGAUGGCACUGACAUAGUUGAUGAGGUAGAUGCGUUUGAUGUCCAUGUUCAUGAAGUGGCUGGGGAGGACCAUAAUCCAGCUCUUGAGUUUGACCUAGAUGUUUUCUCAAGUGAUGAAGCUUAUGCAAGAGCUCUACAGGAUGCUGAAGAGAGAGAAAUGGCAGCAAGGAUGCUGGCCCUUUCCGGGAUUAAUGAUCGUGCGUGUUUCACUUCUAGGGAAGUUGGAGAUGCUGAUGACCGUGGUGGACACUUGCCGGAUACAUGGGAAGAAGUUGAUCCAGAUGAACUCUCAUAUGAGGAGUUGCUUGCCCUGGGCGAGGUAGUUGGAAGUGAAAGCAGGGGGCUUUCGGCCGAUACAAUUGCCUCUUUACCUUCCAUUAACUACACGGCAGGAGGCGCUCAGCAUGGAAGCAGCGAUUCUUGUGUGAUUUGCCGGUUGGACUAUGAGGAUGGUGAGACUCUGACAGUUCUCUCUUGCAAACACUCUUACCAUUCAGAGUGCAUAAACAAUUGGCUGAAAAUAAACAAGGUAGAAUGCAACUACAAGCUCGAUCCGAGAACACUAAUUUUUUCAAAAUGAUGACCAUGAAAAAAGCCCCAAUAGUGAGAUACAUCGAAGCCGUGGGUAUAAUCUGAAUCCGAAUUGAUCCAUGCAGGUGUGCCCUGUUUGUAGCGCGGAGGUUGUCUUAGCGGGAAAUAGCUAGUAGAGAAAAUGAUGGCUCUCCUUGAUAAAUCUCGGGAGCCACCACCUCUCAUAUUUUACUGAAUGAUACUUGCUGGUCCCCCCCUUCCCCAUAUAUUAUAUUACUGGAGAAAAGACUAGUGAGUAUGAUUGAUUAUGUCCUCCCCCCCCCUUCCUUUUCUUCUGUAAAACCUUAAAAGACCCUGUGCUUUUAAUCAUGUUUGAGAGGAUGAUUUCUUAUACCAGUGAUGGAUAUGGAUGAUCUUAAUGAAAUGCUAUGGUAUCGAUGCCUAUAUCUUUACCCAAAUGGGAAGUUGGCUAUACCAUUGCGAAUUUUGUUUUUGUGACACUUCUAGGGGUCGCCAGACCGGUUUCGUGUUUGUGCUGUUGUGAUUUCAUAGAGAGACCAGUUGAAAGGUUUAGUUGAGUCUCGGAGGAACAGGCAAUAGGUGAGUAGCAAUGGCAAGCAAUUGUGUUGUGUGCUGAUUGUUGCAGUGGAAUAAGUCCCGGUCUUGUUUGAUUGGUUCGUUUGCUUUCUUUCAUUUCGGUGUAAUCCAGGCAUGCUGCAUCUCAAGCUGACAGUGCUCAAUGUUUCUGACUCUUUUAUCAA